AUGAAAAUAAAAAUAGCAAGUGGUUGCAUUGUUUUAAUUGAGACAUUUGUAAUAGGACGGUUGCAAAAAAAAUUGAUGACAUUUGUAACAUUUGUUAUAGCUGUGGCGGCUAUUGGCGCUUUUUAUUUUUACUCUACCAAACCAGCAUGCCGAGAAGCUGUCAACAAUUGGUCUGUUUUAGCAUGUGAUGCAUUACAGGAAAAAGUUAUACAACCAUCAGUAAAGCGAAAGAAAGAAGUAUCAGCUAAAGCGCUACCAUCUGGCUCCACCGCAACAUCCGCCACUACCGGAAGCCCAUUGGCAACCGGAACUUCAGAUGAUGAAAAGCCGGGAGGUAUGAUUACCGCUCUUGGUUCAUCGACGUUAAAUCGAGAGGAAAGUCAACCUUCUGCUUUACGACCUGAAACAGCUGAGACCGAUACUGCGCGGGAAAAAAAACUCACGGGUGAGAAGAAGAAAAAGAAAAAGAAGUCAAAGAAUAAAAAGAGCAAAAAGAAGAAAAGUUCCAAAAGAAGUAAAAAAUCGGAAGAAAUAAUACCAGACGAACCGUAG